CUGCACUCUCUCAUCCCUGCAGGUUGCGUUCAUUCAUAACAUCCUUACUGGAUCGCACUGACUUUUUCUUCUUUUCAGUGCACUAUUUCUUUGCAACUCAAAAUGAGGACCUUUCUGGUUUGUGCCGCUCUGGUGCUUGCAACAACAUCCCAUGCGGUGGACUUUCUAGGUAGUUCACAGCAGAAGUGGGACGCAAGAGGACACAACACUUUGGGAGCAGACCCUAGUUCCUCAGGCUCUUGCAGCAUCAAGCUGAGACCUUCCGGCAAUUGCGGGGCCAUGGCGGACGAUGCCGAGGAGUGCCCCUACCAGGUGACACUACCUCCUCUGACCAUCCAGCUGCCAAAGCAAUUCAGGCUGCUGGAGAAGACCAUGAAGGAGUUGCAGAGCCUGAAGGAGGUGGUGAACAAGCUGAAGAGUAGCUGCCAGGAGUGCGGCGGCACAAGGGGGAGCGGAGCCUACGGGCACCAGCAGGCGGACCAGGGACAGACAGCGGAUGUAGACUUGACUAGGCAAGAUGUAGAAAGUGGGUCCAGCCAAGAAGAGAGGGACAACGGGAUGGUGUCUGGACCUUCUGUGGAAGGCACUAAUCUGGGACACCAACAUAAUUUGGGGACAAACACACCCGGGUCAAGCAGUAUGCAAGAGAUGCAGGUGAAGCUGAAUAGAAUGUCCAUUAGCCUGCGCAACGCCAGGAAUCAAAUCACAACUUUGCAAGGCAGAAUGGAGGGCCUCAACCUGCUCAACAUGGAUAACGUGCAGUCCAUGGUGGACAGACGCGUGGAGAACAUCACUGGGGUGGUCAACAAGCUGAGCUCCACUUGCAACACGCAAUGUGCGGUCCAGAAUACGCCACAGUUCAUUUUAGCCCCGCGGGACUGUUCAGACUACAAUGUGCUGGAGACAAGGAAAAAUGGCGUGUAUCGCAUCACCCCUGACCCCCGCAACGGGACGUUUGAGGCCUAUUGUGAUAUGGAGUCUUUUGGUGGCGGCUGGACGGUUAUACAGCAGCGACUCGACGGGUCUGUCAGCUUCAACCGCACCUGGGCUGAAUACAAGAAAGGCUUCGGCAAUCUCAGAGGUGAGUUCUGGCUGGGCAAUGACCACAUCCAUCUGCUGACAAAGGCCAAAGACAUGACGCUGCGUAUCGAGCUGGAGGACUUUGAGGGGGUGCGCGAGUACGCCAAGUACGACCAGUUCUAUGUGGCCAACGAGUACCUGCGAUAUCGGCUGUCAAUCAGUGGAUACAGUGGGACCGCCGGGAACGCCGUCACCUUUAACAAGCACUUCAACCACGACCAGAAGUUCUUCUCCACCCCGGACCGCGACAAUGACAUGUAUCCCUCAGGGAACUGCGGCGCCUACUACAGCUCUGGCUGGUGGUUUGACGCCUGCAUGUCUGCCAACCUCAACGGGAAGUACUACCACAAACGGUACAAGGGGGUCCGGAACGGCAUCUUCUGGGGAACGUGGCAUAACAUGUCGACGGAGUACUACCCAACCAACUACAGGCAGGCUUUCAAGACGGUCAAGAUGAUGAUACGGCCCAAGAAUUACGUUCCGUAAAAGGAACAGGCGGGGUAAAAUUCACGGACAAAAGUAGUACCGCUGUUCUGCCAAAAUGUCCUACCCUUGCAAAAAGGUCAACACCAAUUCCACCUGAAAGAGACUGUAGACUCACAUGCACAUACUUAAACAUGUCAACAAACUUUACAUUAAACCGACCAAACAAAAGUGACCAUAAAUGAUGGACAAAUAGAAAUAUCACACGAUCUGUGGAAAAGCCAGCCUCCAUCGGGGGUCAUCAUAUCAAACGAGGUGUUAAAAUGAACAAUUUUGCCCUGGUUCCGUCAAUAAUCCACUUCCUGUCCUGCUGCAUCUUUCUCUUAAACCAGCUUAGACUCGGCUCAGAGCACAGACGCAGUUAAACUAAUGAGCUAUCAUUUCCCCCUCUCUAAACCCUUUCAUAAUUAACAACAGCCAUUCAAGAGAGGUAUUCAAAAGCUGCAAUUUUUGUUGUUGUUUUUUGGGGAGGGUUGUGUGUCAACCUGGUAAAUGCAGCUCUAUACAAGUAAUCACCUCCUUAAUUUUGGUUUUUAAUUAAACUCAGAUCUUAUAGCCAUGCUCCAUCAUCUUAUAGCUAUGAAAUCAUUUGCGUUUUAGUAAUGAUUCUUUGCAUUAUAUUGGACAAAAAUAAACAGCGGGACUGCAGGAAGACAUAUAACCAUGUUGUUUUUCAACCACUAAAAAGUCAUUAUUACAAGAAACAAAAAAAGAAGUCAACUACUUGUACAAUACUGCCACCCAAUGCCACAUCACUGUAUCGCACCACUUUAUUCCUUCUAACACACUGUGAAUGAGCAGAAUGCAGGAAAUAUUUGUUUUCCAUAAUAAGGACGUGUACAGUAUUUAUUUUUAUUUGUGAAAUUUGAUAGACUUUAUAUGUCCGGGAGUUAUACGUAAACAAGGUCUAAUGAUGUUAAUAUUUGACCAAGGAAGAAGACAUUGUUGUGGCCAUUCAUAGUAAAUUGAUGAGUGUUUGGAGCUUUGCUUAUGUGUACAAUGUUUUCUUUCAUUCAUAUCCAUUGUCAUCCCAAAAGAAAUGCACUUUUAUAUUAAAAAAAAAAAAAAUAACAACAAUAAAGUCCCAUUUAAAUGGC